AUGCAGUGCUAUACCGAGCUGCUACCACCAUCUGGGGUCACUCAUGCAUUGGCAGUCCCAUUUCUGUCUGCCACAGCCAACAAUUUGAUCGUGGUGCGAUCUUCCCUCUUACAGGUGUUUUCUCUCUCAGCUCCUGCUCAACGGCUGGCAGAGAAUGCCGAGACCCACCCAACAACAUCACCUCACCCAUCAGGGACGAAGCUCAUUCUGGAAAAAGAAUAUUCAUUGCCAGGAACAGUGACAGACCUCAGCAGAGUGAAAAUCCUGAACCCCAAGAGCGGAGGCGAAGCUAUUCUCAUUGCCGUCCGCAACGCCAAGCUGAGCUUGAUUGAGUGGGAUCCCGAGCGCCAUGGCAUUUCCACCAUCUCUAUUCAUUAUUACGAGCGGGAUGAGUUAACCCGGAGCCCCUGGGUUCCAGACCUGAGCAGUUGUGGCAGCAUCCUCAGCGUGGAUCCCAGCAGUCGGUGCGCAGUGUUCAACUUUGGAGUCCGUAACCUCGCUAUCUUGCCCUUUCACCAAGCAGGAGACGAUCUGGUUAUGGAUGACUAUGACUCGGAGCUUGACGGUGAACGGCCGGACCAGGUCUCUGGAGCUGGAGCAGACGUCGAAAAAGCCAAGGAUGGCGCAGCAUACGGAACACCCUAUGCUUCCUCCUUUGUGCUGCCAUUGACAACCUUGGACCCUUCAUUACUGCACCCUGUUAGUCUUGCUUUCCUUUACGAGUAUAGGGAGCCAACAUUCGGUAUCUUGUACUCCCAAGUGGCAACUUCCACUGCUUUGGUUCAUGAGCGAAAGGACGUCAUGUUCUACACGGUGUUCACAUUAGAUCUCGAGCAAAAAGCGUCAACGACCCUUCUGUCAGUCUCACGGCUACCAAGUGACUUAUUCAAGGUGGUCGCCCUCCCACCUCCCGUGGGAGGAGCCCUGCUUAUCGGUGCCAACGAGAUAGUGCAUGUUGAACAGGCUGGCAAGACUAACGCGGUGGGAGUGAAUGAGUUCUCCCGGCAGAUGUCCUCGUUCUCAAUGAGCGACCAAUCCGACCUGGCCUUCCGCUUGGAGGGCUGUGUUGUGGAGCGACUCGGCGGCGAUAGUGGCGAUCUUCUUCUCGCUCUUGCGUCGGGAGAUAUGGCGUUGAUCAGAUUCAAGCUGGAUGGACGAUCCGUGUCAGGAAUGACGAUCCAUUCCCUGCCAGCACAGGCAGGCGGAAAUCUCUUGAAGUCGGCUGCUUCCUGCUCGACAUGCUUUGGCGACGGCAACGUCUUUAUCGGCAGUGAGGAAGCAGACUCUAUUCUUCUAGGAUGGUCCCAUUCGUCCGCCUCUUCCAAGAAAAAGCACCUUGUCAAUGGGCCAGACGGCAUUUUCGACGAUGACCCAAUGGAUGAUGAUGAUGAUGUAUAUGAAGAUGAUCUCUAUUCGACGGCGCCAGACCCACGCACAUCUUCUGGAAAUUCAACUGCCGAGCUCUACAACUUCCGGUUGAACGACCAACUAUCUUCCAUUGGACCCUUGCGAGAUAUCACUCUGGGUAAACCCUUCCAAACACCCAAGGGCGAUGACCAGUCAGACAACGAGGGCGUCUCUGCGGAUUUAGAACUGGUUGCAUCACAAGGAUCAGGCAGAGCUGGUGGCCUGGUCGUCAUCAAGCGAGAGAUCGACCCUCAGAUCGCUUUGACCGUCAAGGUGGACGAUGCUGAUGGAGUGUGGUCGGCUACCAUAAACCAGGGGGAAAAGGGCGGCCAGCCAAAUGCAGCUGAAUCGUCGGAGAACCCCUCUCGCCAAUAUGUGAUUGUCUCGCGGCCAUCAGAAGCGGACAGAGAAGUCUCUGAAGUCCUGGCAGUCGAGGGACAAGAAUUGAAGCCGUUUAAAGCCUCAGAAUUUAAUCCCAACGAAGACCGCACAAUUGAUAUCGGUCCGCUUGCAGGCAGCACGCGCCUUGUGCAAGUUCUUCGAAAUGAAGUUCGGAGUUACGAUAUUGACUUGGGACUGGCCCAGAUCUAUCCCGUAUGGGACGAGGACACCGAUGAAGAGCGACUGGCAAUCAGCGCGAGCUUUGCGGAUCCUUAUCUCGCGAUUCUUCGGGAUGAUUCUUCUCUUUUGCUUCUGCAAGCAGAUGACAGUGGAGAUCUUGACGAAGUUCCUCUCCCCGAGAAUCUUUCUAGUCUCAAGUGGCGCUCCGCCUGUCUUUACCAAGAUAAUGAUCAAGUGUUUAGCUCGAAAUCGGCCGACACCGCCGAUAGCAACAUCAUUCUAUUUCUAUUGAGCAUCGACUACAAACUUUCGAUCGUCAACCUCACAGACAUGACACUGCUAUCAAUCAUCGAUGGCGUCGACUGCUUGCAAGCCGUAUUAUCGACCGAUCCUCCUCGGCGAUCCAACACCCGAGAACCCCUCAAAGAAGCCCUCGUUGCCGACCUUGGCGAUCGCUGGACUACAUCGCCAUACCUGAUCGUCCGGACGGAAAAUGACGAGCUCAUUAUUUACAAGCCAGUUUCGAAGGGGGCUGAAGGCGAAUCUCCGAACGUCCUACAAUUCUACAGAGAGUCCAAUUAUAGCCUGUCCAAUGCGGCUUCAGGUGCCACCUCGGAGCUAGAUAUGCAGCAACGAUCACAGCCGCUGCGAGUCUUGCCAGAUGUCUCGGGAUUCAGCACUGUCUUCAUGCCCGGAAUUCGCCUUCGCGGCGAAUUCACCCAAUGGCUAAGUGGAUUUGACUUGGCUGCCGCUGGCUGCGAAAAUGGAUUCAUUUACGUCGAUUCCGAAAGUAACAUCCGAGCCUGUCAAUUCCCUCCAAACACUCAAUUCGAUCACCCGUGGACUCUGCGCAAGAUCCCAUUGGACGAGCAAGUCGACUACCUGACAUAUUCAACCUCAUCUGAGACAUACGUUGUUGGUACCAGUCACAAUGUGGAGUUUAAAUUACCGGACAAUGACGAGUUGCACCCGGAAUGGCGCAACGAGGCGAUCACCUUCUGCCCAGAAGUUCCGCAGAGCUCGAUCAAGGUGAUCAGCCCAAAGACCUGGACCGUGAUCGACGAGUAUGAGUUGGAAAUCGCGGAGCAUGUGAUGGCCGUGCAGAAUGUGAACAUGGAAGUUUCGGAGAAUACACACGAACGGAAGGAUCUGAUAGUUGUCGGCACUGCGAUUACCAAGGGCGAAGAUGUUCCCUCGCGCGGGUGUGUCUACGUCUUUGACGUGAUCGACGUGGUCCCAGACCCAGAGAAGCCCGAGACAGGACGCAAGCUCAAGCUCAUCGGCAAGGAGACGGUAAAGGGGGCAGUGACAGCCUUAUCCGGGAUCGGUGGACAGGGAUUUGUGAUUGUUGCACAGGGCCAGAAAUGCAUGGUACGCGGUCUGAAGGAAGACGGCAGUCUUCUUCCCGUGGCAUUCAUGGACAUGUCAUGCUACGUGUCCGUGGCGAAGGAGCUCAAGGGCACUGGCAUGUGUCUACUGGGAGAUGCGGUGAAGGGGAUUUGGUUUGCAGGUUACUCGGAGGAACCCUACAAGAUGACACUCUUCGGCAAAGACCCGGAGUACUUGGAGGUCGUCACGGCCGAAUUCCUCCCCGACGGAAGCAAGUUGUACAUUCUCGUCGCCGACAGUGAUUGCAACCUACAUGUGCUGCAGUACGACCCAGAAGACCCCAAAUCCUCCAACGGCGAUCGCCUGUUACACCGCAGCAAAUUCUACACGGGCAACUUCGCCUCAACAAUGACCCUCCUCCCGCGCACAGCCGUGCCCACCGAACAAAUCUCCGCCUCAGACGACGACAUGGACAUCGACAACAUCCUAGCAACGCAACAAGUCCUCAUCGCCUCGCAAAACGGAUCCCUCGCACUAGUAACCAGCAUAUCAGAAGAGGCAUACCGACGUCUCUCAGCGCUUCAGUCCCAACUAACAAAUACAAUCGAACACCCCGGCGGUCUUAACCCGCGCGCUUUCCGGGCCGUGGAGAGCGAUGGAACUGGUGGGCGGGGUAUGGUGGAUGGGAAUCUGUUGAGACAGUGGCUGAAUCUGGGGAAGCAGCGGCAGGCGGAGAUUGCGGGGCGGGUUGGUGCUUCGGAGUGGGAGAUUAGGGCUGAUUUGGAGAGUGUUGGUGGUGAUGGAUUGGGGUAUUUGUGA